AUGGGCAAAGAGUAUCUAUCCCUUGACAUAAGAAAAAAAUGUGGAGAUGAAAAACCAUGUGAUUGUACUAAGAUUGGCAAUAUUACUGCUAGUAAGAAGGCCAGUGAUCCGAAAGCCAUAGGUUUUAUUGCCCUUGUCCACGAAAGUCUAACGCCGUUCACUAUCAGUAAAAAUCUGGAUAAUGUUGAGAAUCUUGAGGAUGGACCAAUAUAUGGUGUCACCAAGGCAUCAGUUUACUACUGGGAAAAGGAUGAUGGUUUUCAGAAUCCGCUCCUCUUGGCAAUUAUUAAGAAUAAUAAUGAAAAUCAACAAUACUACUUCAUUAAGUAUGAUAGAUAUGAGCAUGAGACACAGGGUGAUGCAGGCAUUUGGAGACAUGGACCUUCUGUAUCGUCAUUACAAGAGAGGUUGGAUGAUAGAAACUGCGUUAGGAACAAAGUUAUCCCAUUGGAUCUCGAGCGUCCCGAUAAGCACCUCAAUUUUACUUCUCAUCGUUUAAUUGGUGUAAGGAUAAAAUCUACUAGUACUCCACAAACCCUUCCUGGUACUAACUAUACUGUUAAAAACUAUGGUAUUAAUAAUGGUACAAAGAUAUCCCGGGUAAUCUAUAACGGAGUAGUUACAAAAGGUAUUGAUUUUAAAAAUCAGAAGAUAUAUACACUUAGGCUAUUUUAUUCACCCGCUAACCAUAAGAAACCUCUUCUUAUAGAAGUAUGGAAAGAGAAUGGAGACUUUGAGUAUUAUACAACCAAGGGUGAUAACACUUGGACCUCGUUUGGAGAUUUUAAUCGACGACUAGAGGGUGAACCCCUCGAGCAGAAACUUGACGAACUCACCUGUGAAUAUUACAAUGCUGUCACCAUAAAUCUAUCUUUUACAAAUUCUACGAGGCAUGCAAAUAACGAUGUAAAUAACACGUAUUGUUGCAGUGGUAGUCAUGGUUCUAAAAGGAUAUAUGUUACUAAAAGAGAGAUUAAAGUAAAUAGUGAAUUAAAGACCUCAUACUACGAGCAUAGUAUUACUGGGGGUUUUUGCCUGGCUCAUAUAUAUUAUAAUAAUGGCGGAAGGAAGAAUGUAAAACCUUUUGGACUAACCUUUCCAAUAUACGUAAAUAGUGUCCACACAAUAUACUAUCCAAGUAGUCCAAUACUCAUUUAUGUAGAAGGGAAAGGACAAAAUAAAUGGUAUCAAAGGAAAAGUCUAACUAGUCACGUCUGGGAAAAUGUCCCAGAUAACCUAAAAGGCCUAAAACCAGAGGAUAUCCAGAAUACCAACUGUUUAAAGUGGAAUAAACUUGUGGAAGUAUUAAGAAGUGCCGGAUGUAACGACUAUGAGGAAUGCAAAGAUCCUCCUGCUAAAGCUUCUCCUCAACAACCUACUACUGGUACAUCUGACCUAAAUGGUGAUGCUAAUCCUCAUAGUGGGUAUUCUCAACCUGGAGUUGGUGGAGCAGGAUCUGCUGGUGGUCACACUCUAUCUAGUAUGUCUGGUAGUGAAGCUGCUAAAGUCGGAGCUAGUGGUGCAGGUGCUUUACCUUAUAUAGUAGAGACAUACACAGCCAAAAAUUCUUAUGGUCAAGAUGUUAUAUUUACUAAAUAUUCUGAUGAAACAGUUUCUGGUGUUUUAUCUCUUGACCAAGGUACUUUGGAAGAAGUUCAAGAAGGUCUUCCUCCUGGUGAUAGAGGUAGUCCUGAACCUACUGAAAAACCUCAAGCUAAAGAAGAUAAGGAAAUACCCAAACCUGUUCCUGAUGCUGAUCUAGAUACUAAUCCUCUUCAAUACCCUGAUGGAAAACCCCCUCAAGAACCCCAAGAAAAAGCUACUGAACAAAGACAAAAUAUUGGUACUGAAUCUCAUGAAUCUUAUCAAAAACCUGUUGUCACAUCUGACCAAUCUUCUAACACUCAAGAUAUCCAUUCUGAAGAUACUACUUCUGAAUCUGAAACUGCUGCUCUUGUUGAAACUGGACUUACUGUUACUGUUGCUACUCUUGGUAUAGGAUCAGCCUUUGGCAUAUCCUCAGGUACUCUUGCCGGAGCUGGAGGUCUUACUGGAUUUGGCUGGUGGGUGUUCAAACGUUCUAGAGGAGAUCCUUGGGUCAUUGUCUGGACUAUAUUCUGCUCUAGUGUUGUUUGUUGUGAGGACCAUACUCUACUGCAUGCUAUUUGA